CCGGGCUGGCGCCGUGAUUGGUUGCUGGGCCCGGCCGGCGGCAGCGCGCGGUCCGAGGGAAGCUGGUGCCGGCUGGAUGGGGAGGCGGCGGCGGCUGCUGGUGGACGCGGCGGCCGAGGCCGGGGCUGGGGCCCUACCCAAGGUCAUCGCCGCACUGAGUCGGUCUCUGCCCGCCGGGCCGAGCCCCGAGAUCUUCCGCCGCGCCAAGUUCGAUCGUCCAGAGGCGGCCCCUGCGCUCUGGCAGCUCCUUUUCCGCUUGCUCUCACCGCGGUCCGUAGGCGGAGCUUCGGCCCCGCUCGGCCUGGAAGCCCAGGCCUGCUUGGUGAAGUCCGCGCUGCGCUCCCAGGGCUAUCCGAGGCAGGUGCUGGCACAACUCCCCGAGGACGGCUCCUGGGGCAGCCGGGAGCUGCUGCUGGCCCUGUCCUGGCUCCUGGCCCGAGGACCUGUGCUCGAGCGGCUGCUGGCCCAGGCCCACGUGCAGCUGGGUGACGAGAUGCCUGUGUGUGAGUGUGAGGCCGUGGCCAGCACUGGUCCCCUGGCACCCCACAUGGACGCAGAGGGCCCUGUGGACAUCCGCUGUGUGCAGUGGCUGAUGGGAAGGCUGUGGUUCCGGUGGCGAUGCCUGACCGCCAGUCAGCAGGAGCAGUGCGCCCUCCUGAGCAAGAUCCACUUGUAUACGCGUGGCUGCCAUAGUGACCAGCGUCUGGGCCACCUGUCUGUUGCUGAAACGGAGAUGCUCAGGGACCCAGAGGGCGGCCGGCAGCUGCUGCGGAGGCUGGAGCGCGAGAACGCGGGCCUGGAGGCCGCUCUGCAGUGGCGGCGGGGUGAGCUGGUCUUCUGGCGGUGGAUGGACACGGUCCUGGGAGCCUGCCCCCCAGAGGCCCCAGCUGCGGCCGCACAGCCCGCCUUUCUGCCCAGGAUCCCUGAGCGUGGGCCUGGCCAGGGGGAGCUGGUGGCACGGGAGCUGCGGGCGCUGCAGGAGGAGCUGUGCGAGGCCACGGAGCGCAGGCGGGCGGCCUGGGAGGCCCGGGUGGGAGGCCAGGGCCGGGGGCCACAGUGGAGCUCUGCUCGGCAGGCCUUGCAGAAGGCUGUGGACCAGGAGCUGGCAGCCCUGCAGUGGGCCUGGGAGCAAGACAGGGGCCCAGCCCGGCCCCAUGGGCCCCACCGGCUGGUGAGACGUGAGGAUGAGGCACCCGGGGGCCAGGACCUGCGGGCAGCCGAGGUGAUCCGGGUGCUGAGGAGUCAGGAGGCCCGCCUGGAGGCGGCGCUACGUCAACUGCAGGGACAAUGUCGGCAGGAGCUGGCCAGGCUGGCAGGAGCCCUGCCUGGCCUCAUCUGGAUCCUGCCGCCCGGACGCUGAGCACUGGCAGGCACACCCUCCCUGUGGGGACCUGCCUUGGCCUGGCUGGUCCUGGAGGAAUAGAUUCUAGGGCCUAGAGACAGCGCCGACUCGAAGCCCCAGGCCACGUGCUUGCCCCAGGGCUAGGGCUGUUCGACUGUGGCUGGAGCCCAGGCUCUGGGACAGCAGUACUGGGCGGGCGGGGCUGGUCCCCCAGGAGGUCAUCACGGGUCUGAUGGCCGUGCCCACUCAGUCUGGGGGGCCCUCAGGUGAAUUGCAGAGCCUCCUGUGGGGGCAGAUGUGCCUUCCCUGUGCCACCCUGUCCAGUUCUGCCGAGCUGGGAGGAGACCCUGGGGUGGGGGGGGCAGGCAAGGUGAGUGUGAGAGGACCCUGGGGGGCCGCAGGCCCUGGACGGUCCCCUGUGCCCCUCCUGCCCCGGGCUGUGGAUGUGCCUGGUGUGUGUGCGUGGAAGGCUGCCGACCAGAGCCCUGGGAGCGCUGCUCCUCCUGGGGCCCCAUGAGUGAGCGGAGGCCACAGCCUGGACAGAGGGGCUUUGUUCCAGCGGCUGCUCAGCGGGCCCAGCUCGGCCCUGACAAAGAGACAUCUGUGUGCAUGGCGGAAGGAGGCUUGGCCUCACUGUGCCACCCGCCCCCACCGGUGGGCACAGGCUGCCCCUCGGUCCAGCCCUGCCCCCUCACCACGGCUGUCAGACCCCGACCCGACGCUGGGUGGGUGAUGGGGCCUGCUGGGCCCCUCCAGCCUCCUGCCAGCUCAGGACUGAGGCCAUGUCCGGCCCCUGGGCACUCUGGGCCCCUCUGCCGGAACAUUCUCUUGGGGGCUUGUCCUGCCUCCCUGGGGUGUGUGGUGGAGCAACAGCUCACACCUGGGGCAGCAGCUCCGGUGUCUGCCAGUCCAGGCCCCGGUCCCUGGGGGUGGGACCAUCCCAGCCGCAGGGCCUCGGGAGCCCCAGCUGGACCAGACAGUGACUCGCAAGUCCUCCCUGGCGGGGCGCAUCCCGGGCCCUCUCAUGGGGCUGGACCCCCAAGUCACUGGGGCCUCCUGGUGCCACCGCACUGUAGCUCCUCCUCUCCAGGCCUCAAGGCUCCUGCUGGCUCCAGCUCUGGCCUGGGCACGUGGGCCUGUGGCCUCUGAAGGUCCCUCCCUGCUGUGCCCUCAGCCGUCCUUUCUUCUUUCUUUCUUUUUUUUUUUUUUUUGGGACAGAGUCUCCUGUUACUCUGUCACCCAGGCUGGGCUCGAGCUCCUGGGCUCAAGCGAUCCUCUGUCCGUGGCCUUCCGAAGUGCCUGAGCUGCAGGUGCACGCCAUGGCGCCCAGAGUCAGCGUCCUCUUGACCGCCAGACAGGACUCUCCUUGUGCUGCAGACAAGUCCGUGUAAUGCUCGCUGCUUUCCGCAAACCGCAGCCGGCCCGCCUCUGCCUGGCCCUUGGGAACUUCGUGUUUAGAAACUCCAAGGCAGACUCAGUGUUCCGGAGCCGGCACGUCUCAGACUGAUCUGUGCAGUCAGUGCAGCCCUAAUCCAGACCGCAAGCGUGUGCCUGUGUGUACGAGCGCGCCCUGCUUCUGUGCAGGCAUGGAGGGUCGGGCAGGCUGGGCCUUCUGCACGCUCGGCCCUGGACGGGCCCCCGUUCCUGACCUUGCCUCCUGCAGGUCGAGGGCCCGGCCCACCGGGUCAGGAGCAGGGUGGGCAGCAGGCCGAGCCUCCGCAGGCCCGGGGGGAGGCCACUCCAGGCCCGCCCAGCCUGGUGGCAGGGGCGCCCCAGCCUCCAUCUUGGAGUGGGCAUGGCAGCCGAGUCUUCGCGGCUGCCCUGUGACACUCGCCUCUCUCCCUCCUCCCGCUUUAGCAGCCCGUGGGAUCCCACUGUCCCCCGAACCCGCCCUGUAACCUUCCUAUCUUAAGGUCAGCAGCAGCCUUAGUCCCUUCUGCCACAUGACGUGACACCAGGGCGAGACCCUGCCCACCACUCAAGACGCACAGGGCAGCCUGAGGCUCUGUGCACACGGGCUGGCCGCCGGCGGCUGCGGUGGUGCUGUGCCCUGGGCACGUAGAGUCAGUUCCCUGAGAAGGCACAAGCCCAAACCCACCCUUCCAGGAAACAGCAGAGGACACCAGGCUCAGUUAGGGGCGGCUUCCUGCGACCAAAGUGCGCUCCCUCUUAAGGAAAGUUUGAUAAAUGUGACUCCAUCAAAACUAGAAACUUCUGUUGAUUAAAAGGUGCCUUUAGGAAAAAAUCUGGGCAUGGUGGCACACACCUGUGGUCCCAGCACUUUGGGAGGCCAAGGCGGGAGGAUUGCCUGAGGCCAGGA